UCCGAGAGCCGGAUUGUGCGUGCGUGGUGUGUGUGCGGUGUGUGUGUGUGCGUGUGUGCGGUGGGUGCGUGUGUGCAUGUGUGCGGCGUGUGUGUGUGCGGUGGGUGCGUGCGUGCAUGUGUGCGGUGGGUGUGCGCUUGCCGGCUGGCUUGUGGGGAAGAAGCUGCUUGAUUUGAUGCUCUCGGUUUUGAGGGCACGGAUUUAGGGACUCGGGGCCAAAAAAAUUCUCCGGACUGAGGUUUGACUGUAGGUACUGAAGCAGGGAUCGACGGUGCAUAAAGAUGCUGAAGGGUGUUUGGUUGCUCAGUUUGUUAACAGUGGCUGGGAUCUCACAGACAGAGAGUCGCAAACCUGCUAAAGACAUUUGCAGCAAGAGCCGCUGCCCUUGUGAGGAGAAGGAGAACGUGCUGAACAUUAAUUGUGAAAACAAAGGAUUUACAACCGUCAGCCUCCUCCUGCCGCCACCGUCCAAGAUCUACCAGCUGUUUCUCAAUGGGAACGCGCUGACCCGCCUGUUCCCCAAUGAGUUUGUCAACUACUCCAAUGCCGUGACCCUCCACUUGGGCAACAACGACAUGCAGGAGAUCCGCACAGGGGCCUUCAGCGGCCUCCGCACCCUCAAGAGGCUGCAUCUCAAUAACAACAAGCUGGAAGUGCUGAAGGAAGACACCUUCCUGGGCUUGGAGAGUCUGGAGUACCUACAGGCUGAUUAUAAUUAUAUCAGUGCCAUUGAGGCAGGGGCCUUCAGCAAGCUAAACAAGCUCAAGGUGCUGAUUCUCAAUGACAACCUCCUGCUGUCCCUGCCCAGCAAUGUCUUCCGCUUUGUGCUUCUCACUCACCUGGACCUGCGAGGGAACCGUCUGAAGAUGAUGCCUUUUGCUGGUGUGCUGGAGCACAUUGGAGGCAUCAUGGAAAUCCAGCUGGAGGAAAACCCUUGGAACUGCACCUGCGACUUGCUGCCACUCAAGGCCUGGCUAGAUACCAUCACCGUGUUCGUUGGUGAGAUAGUCUGCGAAACCCCCUUCAGGCUUCAUGGGAAAGAUGUGACCCAGCUUACCAGGCAAGAUCUCUGCCCUAGGAAAAGCUCCAGUGAUUCAAACCAGAGGGAAAAGCACCCUGUCCUCUCAGACCCACACAUCUCGAGGCUAUCACCCACAGCCAACUCUGCCAUCAAUCCCACCAGAGCCCCAAAAGCCAGUCGGCCACCCAAAACUAGGAACCGCCCCACGCCCCGUGUCACCGUGUCAAAAGACAGGCAAAUAUUCGGACCUAUCAUGGUUUACCAGACAAAGUCUCCUGUGCCCAUCACCUGCCCAGCUGGCUGCAUUUGUACUUCGCAGAGCUCAGACAAUGGCUUGAAUGUGAAUUGCCAAGAGAAAAAGAUAAGUAAUGUCUCUGAUCUCCACCCUAGACCAACCAGUCCAAAGAAACUUUACCUUACCAGUAACUAUCUGCAAGUCAUUUAUAGAACCGAUCUCAUAGAGUACAGCUCUCUGGAUUUGUUACAUCUAGGAAAUAACAGAAUUGCAGUGAUACAAGAAGGUGCCUUUACAAACCUUACAAGUUUACGUAGACUUUAUCUUAAUGGCAACUACCUUGAGAUUCUGUACCCAUCUAUGUUCGAUGGGCUGCAUAGCCUGCAGUAUCUCUACCUAGAAUACAAUGUCAUUAAGGAGAUCUUGCCACGCACCUUUGAUGCUCUGAGUAAUCUUCAUCUGUUAUUUCUCAAUAACAACCUGCUUAGAUCCUUGCCUGACAAUGUCUUUGGUGGCACUUCCCUCACCAGACUCAAUCUCAGAAACAACCAUUUCUCACACCUGCCUGUGAGGGGAGUCUUGGACCAGCUCUCAGCUCUAAUUCAGAUAGACCUCCAGGAGAACCCUUGGGACUGCACAUGUGACAUCCUGGGGCUGAGGAACUGGAUAGAGCAAGUCACUGACCAGAACAACCAUCAGUCAAAUCCACCUGUAGUUAUCAAUGAAGUCAUAUGUGAGUCUCCCACCAAGCUCUCUGGAGAGCAUCUGAAAUUCCUGAGCAAAGAAGUCAUCUGCCCAGAGAACCCCAACUUGUCAGAUUCUUCUCUCUUCUCCAUGAACCAGAACACAGAUACACCCCAUCUCCUUGGUGUCUCGCCCAGCUCCUACCCAGAAAUACACACCGAAGUUCCACUGUCUGUCUUAAUUUUAGGCUUGCUGGUUGUGUUUAUUUUGUCAGUCUGUUUUGGGGCAGGCCUGUUUGUCUUUGUCCUUAAGCGACGGAAGGGGGUACAAAGCAUGCCCAGCAGUGCAAACAACUUAGAUAUAAGUUCAUUUCAGCUUCAGUACGGGUCUUACAACACAGAGACCCACGAUAAAACUGAAGGACAUGUUUAUAACUACAUUCCCCCUCCUGUUGGACAGAUGUGUCAAAACCCAAUCUACAUGCAAAAGGAAGGGGAUCCAGUUGCCUAUUACAGGAAUCUCCACGAAUUUAGCUAUAGCAAUCUUGACCACAAAAAGGAAGACCCCACCAGUCUUGCAUUUACAAUCAGUGCAGCUGAAUUACUGGAAAAGCAAUCCUCACCAAGGGAACCAGAGCUUCUGUAUCAAAAUAUUGCAGAAAGGGUCAAGGAACUCCCCACUGGAGGAUUAGUUCAUUAUAACUUUUGCACCUUACCCAAAAGGCAGUUUGCCCCUUCAUAUGAAUCAAGACGCCAAAACCAGGACAGGAUAAAUAAAACUGUUUUAUAUGGAACUCCCAGGAAAUAUUUUGCAGAACAGUCUAAACCUGAGCAUCCUUUACUCCAAGGAAAGCUACAAACGGAACCAGACUACCUCGAAGUUCUGGAAAAACAAACUGCAAUCAGUCAACUGUGAGGGGGGAGGUGGGAGACAAAGGAAAGUUUUUAAAUGAGCUCAGCAUCAUAUUUGAUUGAGUCUGAACUCAAUGCUGAUGUCAUCUGUUGCAUUCCCAACAUUUCCACUUUUUAAAUUAGAGAGGGAGUGAGAGAGAAAUGGAAUCCUUACAGCAUAGCAGGGAUAUGAUGUUGCUUCUGCAACGUUCCCUUUAAGUUAUUUCUAUCUCUCUCUCCUUUUGACCCUUCUGUAGGAACUGUCACUGCAAAUGUAUGUUUCUGUAAUAGAUCUUGCAUAAUUCUUUUUUAUUUGGAAGGAAAUGAGGAAGGGAGUCUUUGGGUUUUCUGUUUUUUUUUUUUUUUUUUUCCUUUUAAUUUUAAAGUGGAAACUUAAUGUAUUAUGUAGAAGAUCUCCAAAGAUCUCUUUUCCUGGACUAUGACUUUCUUUUGUAAAUAAUAAUAUACAGUACUGCUGUUUCAAUUACCAAGUAUAGCCACUGGGCGUCACUUUUUUGUGUUAAAGUGCCUUUGCACUUUAUAGUACAUUAUUACUUAAUUGUUGCUCUUAGCUUUGAUAAAUUGAACCUAUUUUAAUGUGUUGUAUUUUUGAAAUUAAAAAAAAUUGUAAAAUAGAUCUAUAUGUCAGCUGCAUUAAAUCAGAAGGUUUGAUUUAUAGGAAAGCUGCCAUUCUUUAAAUUAAUCUAGUUCUAGGACUUUACAGACUCAAAUGUAAAUUAUUGGGGUAUUUUUUUCCCUCUAGGUUUGUUUAGAGUGAUUCACUGAAAUCAGCUGAGAGGAUUUAGCAGCAUACAAGAGGUUAUCAAAUGCCUCAGCUGGGAGUAACAGCUUAUUAAUAAAAGACGUUUAACACAAUAUCAUAGUGAACUGAACAAUUAAUGUCCUUCUUAAUACAUUGCAUUGCAGAUCUAACACAGCAAUGUUUAGUGGUUUAAGAUUAUUUUCAUACUUAAGAGAACGUGACUCAUAUUUUAUGCAUUAAAUUAGGAAUUUUUAUACAUUUUAUGACAGAGUUUGUACUUGUAACUUUUUUGGACUGAAAUUAACAUGUCCUUUUCCUGCCAGAUACAUUUUUUGUUGUUGUUUGUUUUUGUUUUUGUGUGUUUUUUUUUUUUUAUAAGCAGGGACACCAGCAGGGGUCAUCCCACACCUCAUUACAUUUAUUAACAGAUGAACCAAUGCCAAAGGUAAAAUUUGAACCUGGGUCUCUGGAGUUCUCCAAAUCAAGGUAGCAGAAAUCAGUAUGUGCAUCACAGUAACUUUCAGUAGUCUGAACUAUGUCAAGUUUGCAGUCUCUAAAGCAAAAGUAAUAUUACAGUAAUUUUAAUCUACUAGAGAAAACUACUAUUAAGUUCGUUAUUGUAAACUUUGUAAAAUGUUUUAACUGAAUUCCAUUCUCAACAUUGGUUUUCUUAAGCUCAUCAUUGAACAAAUGCAGUAAGUCUUCUUUGCCAUUAACUCAGACCUGUUUUACUCCAAGCUUCACGUUAUCACCUUCAAUUUACAUUUCCUUCCUGAAGAAUAUUGAAACCAUUUUUAUUAACAAGUAUACAGUCAAACUUUAUUAAGCCUUAUUAGCUUCUAAAUAAUUUUUAGAUGCAAACAUUAUUGUGUGAUUUAAACAAACAGCCCUUAUUUACAACAAAAACAGUUUUGUUUUGUCUAUUGUAAAUCCUUAUGCAACUGGGAUGGUGAUCUGCAUAUAAAGUAGGCCAGGCUUUUCAAUUCCUUAUUAAAGCAAUUGAUGGAGUCUGAAAGAAGCACACUGUUUCCUUUUCAUAAAUAGGUUACUGCACAUAAUAAUCCUUUAUUAUCAUGCGGAGAUUGAAGUGGCCCCUGCUGACUGAUUUUUAGAGCUUUACUAUAGUUAAUACAGUAUCUACAACUUUCAGAAAUUUUCAGCAAUAGCAUUUGAGCUAUAAAUAACUACAGUCAAUGUUGUAUACUCAGGACUUUGCCAAAAGGAAGUUGCUUUAUAUUUAAGAGCUAAAGAGGCUUUGCAUGUACGUUGCCAGAUACCUGAGUCAUGCAGUAAACUGUCUUCUAAU